GGGGCUUGGCAGGCGCGGGCUGCAUAUAAACCCGGGCGGCGGGCGCGGGGAGUCAGAACGCUCUGUUCCCGGGAUCGUGCCUCCAAGGAUCUGAGCCGAGCCGAGCGGGAGCCUCUCCGCGCCCGAGUCCCCGCCGAGCUCUCCGGCCGCUGCCCGCCUCCGCGCUGCUCUCGCCCCCAUGAAACUGGCCGCGGUACUCAACAAGAUGUGCCCCGGCGACUCGGAGCUGAGCAUCCCGGCCAAGAACUGUUACCGCAUGGUGGUCUUGGGCUCGUCCAAGGUGGGCAAGACGGCCAUCGUGUCGCGCUUCCUCACCGGCCGCUUCGAGGACGCCUACACGCCCACCAUCGAGGACUUCCACCGCAAGUUCUACUCCAUCCGCGGCGAGCUGUACCAGCUGGACAUCCUCGACACGUCCGGCAACCACCCGUUCCCGGCCAUGCGGCGCCUCUCCAUCCUCACAGGAGACGUGUUCAUCCUGGUGUUCAGCCUGGACAACCGCGACUCCUUCGAGGAGGUGCAGAGGCUCAAGCAGCAGAUCCUGGACACCAAGUCGUGCCUCAAGAACAAGACCAAGGAGAACGCGGACGUGCCGCUGGUGGUGUGUGGCAACAAGGGCGACCGGGACUUCUACCGCGAGGUGGAGCCGCGCGAGAUCCAGCAGCUGGUGGGCGACGACCCCCGGCGCUGCGCCUACUUCGAGAUCUCGGCCAAGAGGAACAGCAGCCUGGACGAGAUGUUCCGCGCGCUCUUCGCCAUGGCCAAGCUGCCGAGCGAGAUGAGCCCGGACUUGCACCGCAAGGUGUCGGUGCAGUACUGCGACGCGCUGCACAGCAAGAAGGCGCUGCGUGCCAAGUGGCUGCAGCGCGCGGGCAGGGGCGGCGGCGACCCCGGCGACGCCUUCGGCAUCGUGGCGCCCUUCGCGCGCAGGCCGAGCGUGCACAGCGACCUCCUGUACAUCCGCGAGAAGGCAGGCGGCGGCCAGGCCAAGGACAAGGAGCGCUGUGUCAUCAGCUAGGGGCCCCGCGGCUUGGGGAGGGCCGUGCGUUUCUUUUUGUGGUUAUGUUAAAGAGUCCAGUGCGUGCGUAGCCGCGGCCGGCCCUGGCUGCGCGCCCCCUGCGCCGCGCCGCGCGCCCGCGCCCUGGGGAAGGCGCCGGCGAGCCGAGAAGGGACGGUCAUCUGUUCGCGAAGGAAAGACUACUGGCUCAGCCUGGGGCUCCCCCAACCUCUCUGAGGGUGGGAGAGGGGAGGGAGGGGCGCCAGGCCGCUGCUGGGUUCUAGGAACGUCCUGGCCGCCCGGGGGUCAGGACCGGCGAGCGUUAGCUUGUCCGUGGCCCCUGCGCAGCCCCGAGGCCUUUGCGCUCUGGAAACUGCCAAUCCUAGGCGAGUGACUUGUUUACAUGUGUGUGUGAGGAAUCGCACAAAGGACAAACAAAACGCAAAACUUGCACUUUAAUAGUUCCGGUGUCAGCAUGGACAAGAACAAAAACUCAUCCAGGUGUUUAUACUGUGUGUGUGUAUGUGUGUGAGGUCUUUAUUAUUAUUGUUGACUUUUUUAAUAUAAAAUAAAAUUCAGUAUGGAA